AUGCCCCGCAAGACGAUGUUCGUGGCUUUAAGAGAUUUGUCCACAAAAGACUGUGUGCUUGCCGUAGCUGUGACGCACUGGAUCUUCAACCGCCGAGAGCCCGCUGAUCCACGGAUCCUUUUUGUUUUGCUGCUUCUCGUUCCCGCUGCGACAUCGCUGUUACUUUUUCUGCACUACGGGACGAUCCUUGGAACCGUCCUCGCGUUUUCAAUCUACCAUGCCUCUCUCAUCUUCUCGGUCGUCCUCUAUCGUACCUCACCCUUCCACCCACUCGCACGUUAUCCAGGCCCAUUCUUGGCCAAGGUAACCAGAUUAUAUUGGACACGCAUCGCACUUGCAGGGCGCCAGCACAUCGAGAUAGGGCGCCUCUUUGACAAGUACGGCGACGCUGUCCGAAUUGGCCCGAACGAAGUUCACUUCCGCGAUGUUUCCGUCAUGCAAGCUAUGUUGGGCUCCAAAGGGAUGCCCAAGGGUCCCAUGUGGGAAGGCCGCGCUCUCAAAACGCCAAUUCUUCCUCUUGUGGGCCUCCGAGACAACACAACCCACUCGCGCCGGCGCAAGCCAUGGAACCGCGCGUUCAGCUCGGCUGCGCUCAAGAAUUACGUGCCCGUGAUGGCAAAGCGCGGCUCCCAGUUCGUCGAGCUACUCGCAGAGAGGAGAGAGGUCGACUUCGUGCACUGCGUGCACAUGUUCACAUUUGAUUUCAUGGCUGAUGCUCUGUUCGGUGGGGGCUCAGAAGUCAUGAAGGACGACGACAAGGAUGGUAUGGCCCGUUCGGUAAAAACAUCUUUUCUAGAUUCGCAAAUAUAUGAACACCUCCCUUGGCUCGCAUCUCUCGCUCGCCAUAUCCCGGGCGUAGGCGAAAAAAUCAAGCGUUUCAGAGCGAUGUGCACGCAACGCGGUAUUUCAAGGCUCGAGAAAGGAUCUAGCACGAAGGAUCUGUUCUACUGGCUGAGCAACGAGGACGGAAGUGAGAAAGAAAACCCGUCUAGGUCUCUGAUCCUCUCGGACUCCGCGCUGGCUAUUAUCGCCGGGUCCGAUACGACUGCUACUGUGCUGAGUAUCCUUGUAUACUGUCUGCUCGCGCAUCCGGAAACAUACGAGCGGUUGCAAGCAGAGGUCGACAAGUUCUACCCUUCAGAAGAAGACUCACUCGACCCGAAGCACUUUUCAAAGAUGCCUUACCUCGAAGCCGUGAUAAAUGAGACGAUGCGCCUCUAUCCUGUUCUUCCGAGCGGCAGCCAACGAUCCCCGGAGCGCGGCUCUGGUGGUUUCUUUGCAAGCCAACACUUCAUUCCCGAAUGGACCUCCGUCCGCAUCCCGAUAUGGUGCCUGCACCGCGACCCGCGCAACUUCACGCGGCCGGACGAGUUCUGGCCCGAGCGGUGGCUCAUCAUGGAUGGCCUCGAGCCGCACUCUGAAGUGCUCACGCACGACAUGAACGCAUUUGUGCCGUUCUCGUUCGGCCCGCGGAACUGCGUCGGCAAGAACCUCGCGAUGCUUGAGAUGAAAGUUGUCGCAGUGCACAUGCUCCAGCGGUUACAGCUGCGGUUCCGCAAGGACUUCGACCCUACGCGCUGGGAGCACGUCAUGGAGGAUAGGUUUAACCUCCUAGUGGCGGAGCUGCCAAUUGUCGUUGAGCGAAGGUUCUAAGACGAUGGGACGGCGUUCCCUACAUAUAAAGCUGCAUAUAUGCGCGCUAAUUAUGGAGUUAUAGUAUGGUUAGCGACACAGUGCUACAUAUUCUUUCACGCGGCAAAGAAAAAAUUCACAACCAGUUUCAUAUCACAAUAAAUACAUUCGUUUAUUGCUUUUCUCCCCUCUUUUCUCCUCUCGCGUAAUCCCGCACUGUCUCUUCCCUUCACGAGAGUAGAGACGACCCUUAAAAAAUUAUCCGGAUAUCCUGUUACCGAUUACCAAUCCUCUGAACCAAAAGCUGACGACGUUACUCAGCAUCUGUUUAGGCGGCCGCAGCGGGCGGGGCUGUCAUGGGCGAGGCAGGCUGCAUGUUAGGGAAGAAGCCCGGCGGGGGCGGGGGCCGCAUGGGCAUGCCAGUCGGACCGAAGUGGUGGUGAUGGUGAUGAUGAUGAUGCGGCGGGGGAGGCGAGGGCGUUCGAUGUUCGUGUGCAUGGUGCCCAGGCCCAUGUGCACGGUGUUCGUGUGCAUGGUGUCCGCCCCUGCCCCCACCGCGUCCGCGGGUGAAGCCGCCACGGAUACGACCGCGGUAAUCGUGGAAGAUGCCGAACAUAUGCGGCGGUGGGCCGGCGGGCGAGUCGGUCGGCGGGAUGAACGGAGAGGACAUGGGCCCGAAGCCACGGCCACGGCCGCGCGGGUCGAAGCGGAAGGCACCGCGCAUGAAGCCGUGGUGGCCAUGGUGGUGCCCGUGGAGAUUGUAU